GUCCAUCCUCAUGUGACGCUCACUCAAUCCCCCACAGUUUGCGGCUAUUAUCCCUUACGUUGCUAGUACGCAUACGAUAUCAAGUAAGCUCACACCAUCACUGUAAUUACGACGAGUCGCGUAGAAGUACUACUAGAUCUAGAACUUUUGCUCCAGUCUUUUUGUGCUAUACUUUGUUGGCCGUCCGUCUACCUCUCUAACAAAAGCGCAGGACGACUGUUGUCCUUCUGCAACUUCUUCUCGCACCUACCACAAUUCGGAUUUUCAGGGUGAGACUGUUCGAAGAUGUCUACUUCAAACACUUCUCCAAACAACAUGCCCAACACCUGGCGCUGCUCUGAGGAGCGUGUUGUCCAGUACCGCGAUGUUGAGGACGGGAAUGGAACUACAACUGUGGGCUAUCGAGUGCUCUCCCUUCGGCGGGGACACCAGGCCGGACAAACCCCGAUGAAUGAGCAGGGAGCUGCCCAAGAACAAGGGCAGAAAAAGAAAACUGCCAUCCUCGUCUUCCACGCUAUGGGCGCCGACAGCAAUGUGAUUGAGUUCUUCGCGCCGUUCCAAGAAAACAGUUCUGCUCCUGGAACUACGAUGAAAGGCUUGUCUACGAAGCAGGAGGACAACUCGAACUUUGCCGCAGCCUUAUCUGCUGGAUCUGGCCUCGGGUGUCCUGACGGCGUUCUUACCAACGCGCACACAUCCGCGUCUAAAAAGCCAUCGAAUGAGUUGGUCGUCAUCGCCGUGGACCGUCCCGGGCUUGGGAAGACUUCCCCCGAGGUGGUGAACAACCCGACCUUUUCUGCGGACGAUACCGUGAAGCGCCACCUGAAUUUGCACGCGCGGAACUGCCUCGCCGUGUUGCAGCAAGAAGCCCUGGACGAGAUGUUCGUGUACGCCUGCUGUCUUGGCCACCCGUACGCGGUGGUGUUUCUGCGGCGUUUUCUGCAACUGCAAUUGUCGCACGAGUCCCACCAGAAACAACUCCCGGAUCUCCGCGGCGUUGCCCUGAACGUGCCGUACCCCUCGCCCGCGGGUAUGGCGUUCCCAAACGUUUCAUUCUGAACUGUUACAUGAAUUUGUGAUGCAAGAACCGCAACAGUGAAAGAGGCAAGCUUGCAACUCUCGCAUCACAAAUCCGGCACAGAUUUAGGCGCUGUUUAGCCCUUCGGGGAUUUGUCAUGCGAGGUGGCUUGAUUGUCUGGUGGUUCAUGGAAGUUUUGCAUGACAAAUCAUGUAACAGUUGAGAAUGUAACGUUUGAGAACGCCAUAGCGGGACCGCACGGGUUCGGCCUCGCCCGGUUCGCCUCGAAGUACGUCCCGACGAGUGUGCUGAGCGGCGUCGCCUGCGUGGGUCAGGGCUUGUGCAAACCCUUGGUGCAGUUCUCCUUUGGAAACUCCAGCGCGAAGAUGCUGCGAACCGCCCUCUCGAGUGAGGAGAAAGAGAUGUUUAUUGCCAGCGUGGGGUCGGUGUCCUCGGGAUCGUGUGUUGCCAACAAGUAUGACUUCGAGCAAAACGGGCGGGUGCUCGAUGCGAUGGGCGUGGAGGGGGGUAAGGACACUGCGAAAGGGCUGGAAGUUUCGACCUCUUUGGUUUGGCAAGACGACUGCGUGCUGCUGGCGAAGGAACUGAAAGGAUUGGCGGAUGCGUUUCGGCAGGAGGGAGAAGAGAAAAAAGGGAAGACGAGUUUUUUCACCGUGUUCGGCUCCUCCGAGAAGGACCGUUUAACGCCGGCGAAAGCGGUGCGCUGGCUGGUGACGGACGUGUACGCAGAGCUGGAGUGCGACUACGAAGCAACGGCGCCGUGCAGCAGCCACGAACUGAUGCUCAUGGGCGGAGGACCGGUUUGGAAGGCGCCACUGCACGAGAAGCUGCUGCGAGAAAAGUGGGCAUUGAUCUAAUUGCAUCGGGUGAAGUAGGUGGAGAUGAUGAGACACUACCUUAUUGACGUGCUGGGACACGCUCCUGUAGAAAACGAUCUCCUGAAGCAAACGCUUUGUCUUUGUGCAACAUCACGGCGAAAUUUUGAAUUUACUUCGCAUUGAUGAAAGGAGGAGAACAGUCGCCCAGUUUUGUUUUUGCUUUACAUUUACAACUUCGAAAAAUAUUAAAUUGUCACGCCAGGAGCAGCUAGUGCGGCGUGCGAUAGAUUAGAAGCCUCCAAAGGGAAUGCGUACUGAUAAUACUACAACGAUGGAGUCUAAUGAAAAAAAUCAAAAUUCACUUUCACCUGCGGAGCACACACUGUAUAAAAACCUUCUCCUUCUACUUUCUUCAAAACCCCCCCCAACAACUCGCUUUGUAUUUGUGAUUGUUUGGACAUCCGGAUCCGUGAUUAGGUGUAAGAUGAAGCCAGCGCUGGCCCCCAAGAAUGUCGCUCGUAUUACAUAAAAAAACUGCUAUCAAAG